GGCAUAAAUAUCCCUGGGAUCCCCCAGGCUCCUGAGUGCAGCUCCUAAGUGCUCAUCAUUUCUCAAAGCUGAAAUCUCAGGGAACAACUAACCAUGAGGCUCUUCCUGCCUGUCCUGUUGGUCACUCUGGCCCUUUACUGCUGUGAAGUAAGUGCGGGAACAAUCUGCCCAGCGAUUCCUAUAGAAAUAGGCGCUAUGUUCUUGGCUCCAAAACCUAUGUUCGCAAGAAUACUUAGAUUAUUUGAUCCAUCUGAAGAGGUUUUUGAGGCUGAAAUGAAAGCGAAAGAUGCCAUUGAUGUGCUGACCACCAAGGAGAAACUUCUGUGUAUGAAGAUAGUGGGAAGACUACUUAAGGAGUGUGUAAAGAAUUAAGAAGUCUAUUCAUACACCUUGUCCUUUCAAAGAUCACUUGAUCUUCUGUGGAAAAUGCAACAAGUGUCAACAUCUUGCUUCAAUAAAUGGCUCUCUUUACACUUC